ACUUAGCACCAGAGCAGCAGAACAAGGAUAUUAUCUUACUCUAAACUUUACUCUUGCGUGGAUGACGGAGCUCGAAAGGGCUGUAGAGGCGCUCAAAGCUGCCGUCAAACACAAUGGAAUUGACAAGCGCGUCGGCGACGUUGUCAGCCAGUUUACGUCGUACCUUGUUCUUUUGAAAUCGUCCUCCCCUUCCUCACAAUCAAUAUCGAAACUUCGUUCCAUCCUCCGUCGAUCACUCCUUCCCUUAUAUGCUGCCGUUCCCGGACCUGCGCUCCAACUUUCCUCUGCCGUGCUUCGCAAAGUCAUCGAUGACAAGUUAAGAAAUGCUCUGAAUGCACAAAAUUCUCAGUUAAGCGCCUCGUGGAAUGAGGUCGCAAUUGCCCUUUUAUCAGGUGUUUUGGACUUUCUUGACAAAAAAUGUGAUGAUAUGACAAAGGAAGCUACUGCAUCAGCGUUUUAUCCGACUAUAUGCACGCUCUUCUUUUACCAGGACACGUCCUUGACCAUUUUACCGCGAACACAGACGACUGCAUAUUCUCUGCUACACGAGACACUUGCCAAACAUCCAGGCAACCAACGAAGGCUGCGGGAUCAUGCUGUUCUUGGAGGGUCGCUGAUCGGCAUCGCAAUCUCGCGGUCCAAAGACUACCUUGUGGUCGAGGCCCUUUUGACUAUUGUGGGAUGGCUGAUCCCACCGACGUACGAAACUGAGCAAGGGAAGGCGAAACGAACAGAAUUCAUUAACGAACUUUUUGGCUCCGAGAAGCAUUUCAGCUGCAGUCAGGAAUUAGUUGGUAUCCUCCAAUACAUUAGCAGCUCGCACUGGGAAGAUACAACAAUGAAGGUCAUUGACGCUCUGGCCAGGAGCGAUAUCACAUUCCCUCAACCAUUUUCCUUGGAUGAGGUUCAUGUGUGCGGCAAAGCUUAUCCUCAGGCGACUGCAUUCGACCGCUUGUACCUGGAUAGAGACUGCUUCCUUGCUAACGUUAUCGAGCAGGACGAUGUUUGCGAGAGCUUGAAGAUCUCCUACGGCCAUAUACGCUCUGUCACAAUCGAUAUCUCAAAGGCGCCGCCGCCCAACAAAGCCAUCGUCCAUGUUGAUUUAACAGCUCCACCAGUUAUGGGAGAAGUGCCAUUGAACAUCCUGGUCGGUCAGAGCCUCUACUUGAAGUUCGACAUUGAACGGGAAGAUUUGAGCAGGCUCAUGGAGGCUCUACGGAGACGCGGUGUGGUCAAGCUCAGUUUCUUGGGUGAAAAUCUUCCAAAGCAAACGAGCAUACGGAGAAGUGUUGGUCUCGCCCAUGGUAUUAGACUUACGGGCGACUCUCCACCGCCACCGCAUGGUUCACAGUAUGAGGAUAAAGUUAAACAUGUCGAAAAUGUGUACGAAACCAACUUCCCGGAUGAUGCACGAUCUGUUGCCGCCCAGUUUAAGCAAGAAUCCCUGUCGGCGCGGCAUGUACCAUCUCCAACACCGGCUAAAACCAAGCCUGACGUUCUGGGGUUCAAAAAACAUGCCAGCGUCGAGUCCCCCACAAAGACUGUCCCCAGACCUCGUCCUGUAUCCAAGACUGCGAAAAAAGUCGCGCCACUUCCGAUGACUCCGCCUCGCAAAAGUCCUGCGGUAGACAUCACCCCUCAUGCAGUGCACGUCUCUGUGUUUGGCGAAAGCAACGAUGAGCUCUCGGAAAUAUCCGACGACGAUCCUGCUCCCAAGCCCGUCGCCAAAGCUCGUCUCGUAGUCCAUUCGGCGCAACAUGUCAAAGCCGAACCAAUUCCCAGUCUUAACGCAAAAAGCGACAGCAUUCCACCAGUGCCUCUAGCCAGACGCAUCGCCAAGCGGAGGUUGAUUGUGGAUUCCGACGAAGAAGAAAUACAGCUCACGCCCAAGACCGCUCAGAGGGUGGCAGUUUCAUCACCCAAGCCAGAUACAAACGCGGAGACUAUGACGACAGAACUCGGGAAGUCACGCCGCACCUAUAACACGCGUUCUUCCACCCUGCGGUCGUCUAGCACUGUAGAUUCCCACACAGAUCAUCCAGAAACGAUUCCUAUGGAAAUCAAGAGGCUGUCCACACCACCUCGUGAUGAGGCCAUUCACCCAGGGCCAGCUGUGAAUGAAGCCAAAAUACAUCUUGACGACGCCGCUUUCUUGAAGGAGGCUAUACCCGAUGCGGAAUUGUUGCCGGAAACAACUGCGCACGGAAUAAUAUCCACUUCACCUGUGAAAAAGAAUCUGGCAACAGGAAAAGGAACUACGCGGCGUAGUUCUCCUUCAAAACUCGUAAACUCGCCCAACUUGCCAGCGAAGCUGGCAGGCACUCGGCGCAAACGGGAGGAUGCGAAUUCCCCCACGAGAGGAACCAUGGCUCUAGAGGACAAUCAUCCACCUAAGAAGAAGGCCCGUAAUACUGCUAGUGGCGACAUCCAAACCAUACGCGAUAGCGAAGCGGCUACAUUGCCCAACCCUUUCGCACCGUCAACGUUGUCAACAACUACCGCGAAGACUACCAAGAAGUACGGGAAGAAAGGGAAGGCGCCGUCGCCCAUUCCGCCAGAGAACGUAGACUUUGACGAAGUUCCUGGAGCGACUUCGAGAGGAAAAACGAACGCGCGCGCUAAGGUUGUCAAGGCUUCGAAGCCGGUACCAAAGAAGGUUUCAGCCCCGAUUUCCGGCAGACAAACCCGCGCGAGCGUCAUGCGACGCAGGAACGAGAAGCGACCCGCGGUUGAGCUACCCACGGGGGUCAGCGCAAAGCUCGAGUCAGAACCUGAGAUUGGGAUAGUCGCUACGCCGGAACCACUUGAUCAAAUUGCGGAAGUGAAGUUUCCCCUCAAUGAUGCGACCAAUGACCUUGCAGUGUCCCUCAAACCAGAGUCUGCAUCAACAAAGGAAGUCGAGAAGACGGACAUGGGUCAGGCGAGCACGAGCACAGUCGCCUCAGAGAAUUUGACCAACACCAGAAACACCAAUGCAGUAAUCAUCGACAACAAAGAUUUGGCUCCGGAUCGUACUAAUCCUACUCCCAAACCGAAGAUGGCACCCUGGGAGGACCCGGUAUUCAUUACACAACAUGCCUUGUCUGACGAAGUGAAACCUUUGGAUAUCAGUCCCCCAGAUGAAGAUCCGCUUGAACCCAUCCAGGAUGUCGCGUCGGAAGAGAUUUGUGAAGCAGUCUUUGGUGAUUUUAGUGAUUAUUCAGUAUCAUUGAAAGGAAGCGAGGAUCCGAUUCUUCCUGCCUCCUCAGAUCCCCCUCCAUUACAAUUGACCCCACGUAAACCUCCUGUCUGUAUUGACCUCACGCAAGACCCGACUCCGGUGAAGAAUGGCCAAGAAUCAGCAAAGCAUCGUGGAGUGGCCAAGGAUGUUCGGAUGCUCAUCAGUGAAGGCCUCGCAGAGAACUCUAAGAAGUCUGCUACAUUUCCAAGCGCUUUGCAUGUCACCCACGUCACCAGCCGUCAAGACGAGCACGGGACACGCACCGGAGCAUCAAACCCGCCCACCGAUGACGCCAUGGGGGUCAUCAUGUCGCAAGAUCUUGCUCCCCUGCUUAAGAUUCCCCCUCGUAACGAAGAGCGACAAGAGCAGCUCGCAGCGUCGAAUAACCCCCUCGUUGCCGUUAGAACUACGGAUGCGGAAGGCUCUUUGACUAAGCCUCGCGAUAUGAGGUCCUCACCUUCCGCUCCAGUUCGUCGGAGGCAAUCGGUAGUUUCUUUUGCAUCACCGCUCGUGACCCGGCCCAUUUCCAAUGAUGUUGUCCAGGCCUCCAGCAUGACCCGCUUGACGACUAAUGUUCGAUCAAACCACCAUGGGGCGUCUGGAAAUGGGAUCUACGAAGCCAACGCACGCCCACCCAAGGAACCGGUUCUGGACUGUGUCAUCUCACUGGUUUCUGACGACGAGUUAGAAUCACCUCCUGCACGAAAGCCGUCCUCCAAUCGAGUACGAUUUGAGGACGUUGGGUUACCAUCUUCAUUUUCCCCACUCACUCUUAAAACGGGUUCCCACCCAGUCAAGCAAAUGCCUGAAAAACGUGCAAAGAACUCGCCAAGGCAGAACAAUCACCACAACAAUAAGUCCGAUGAGGGUGAUGAUAUUCAGGGCAUAGUGGACGUAUUGAGCGAUAUCCAGGCUGUCAUCGUAAAAGGCAUCGCCAACAAGUUCAAAAGUGUCGACAGAGCCGUCCGCGCUGGGAGGGAAGAGCUCCUGUGUGGCGCAGUUGAAGACUUAGAGGCGUUGGCAGAUGCAUAUGCAAGACAAUUCAACUCCUUCAUAGAUCUGGAGGAGGGUUAUUCAAAGCACCGCGUGGCCAUGACACGUCACUGGGAAGGCUUGAUCAAGUCCAGCGAGCGUACUCAAGACGAUCUGAAGAAGGCCCUCCAGAAACACGACCGCAAUGUUUCUUCGAAGAUAUUCCCGAAAUCGCUACUUCCGCCGAACUCCAGGUUCUCGAAGCCUUAAUGCCGUGUUUCCCGAUAGUCGUCGACAUGUAUUAUACCCACUUGUACCUUGCCCGAAUCCUUUGUCGUCUAGUACUGCUGUUUGUACGAAUCGAAGAUCGUGUAAUGUUUGAUU